CUUAUAUGGUUAGUCUGAUUCUUUUAUGAUGUUUGCAGAUGAUUCAUGUUCUUCGCGAUUGUGGUGUAGUGUUGUACAAAUUCAAAAGCAUGACAGAGGUUAUUGAUCCAUUACCACUAUAUCUCCCACCCGUCUUCAAGCCUCUAGAUCAUUAUCUAGAACUUGUAAAGGAGCGGUUUGAGCCUGAGGAAGCAGUAUUUCAAACGUUUACGGAUAUCCACAGAAAGCAAAUGGGUGGGGAGAUUAGUCUACUUGACUUUUAUCAAGCUAUUUGUUUCUUGUUUCAUGAGCACAUUGACAUCGUCCAUGAAUUUCAGAAUUAUGGCGUUGACUUCCUCCAAGCGCAGAGGGGACUGCAAGAGAUCAAUAUGAAGUGCAGGGAUCAUGUUAGACUGGGAACAGGCGGAACCUGGGAAGCUAUCAAUGUGCAGUAGAAAGCUUCACCUGGAAGGAGUAGCGGCAGUAUAACAAAU